CAAUCUGCUAAUCCCCUGCAGCUCUACCGAGCAGACACGAGGAAUAACUAACCAGAUAGAAUGGACUCGUUUAAAGCGUGGAUGACCACCAAGGUCAAAACUAUCGAACAGAACGCGACCGAAGUGACCUCCAAGUUCGCGAACGUGCGAGUGAAUGUGAUGACGCCGCGCACGAUCCCGGAGUUUGUGAUUCCACACUUCCAGGCCGAACACGCGCCAUGCAGCGGCGAGGGCACCAACAGUGACCACUCAAGUGACCGCAGCUCUCCGAUGAUUAGUCCGGACAACUCUAACCUGAGCAUCGCGUCGCUGUGUCGCAGCCCGACGUCGCGCUCGUGUCCCGUCACGCCGAUACCUCACCGAGGCGUCGAGCGCUGCGACAGCAUCGAGCACAAAUCCUUCAGCUCGACGGACAGCUUUCCGAGCAUGAUGCUCAACCUGGGCGGCCGCGAUGCUGCGCGGACGGCGCACCCGCCGCCGCUCACCCGCCACGAGAGCAAGACGAGUCCCGUCUGCUCGCCGCAGCAUCUGCACUGCCCGCCGCCGAUGAUGAUCAACUCGAGCUCUUCGGACAGCCUCACGCACAAGACGUGCACGCCGUCGCCCGACCCCGCCAGCACCGUCCAGCUGAAGCCGAUGCGACACAGGCUGAACUUCCGCAGCCGGUCAGCGGGCGAGCCGGGCAGCCUGGAUCUUCGCCGGCCCGUGCUGCGGCGCUGCAGCCCGCAUCGGUCGCCGUCGGCGUCGCCCGCCGGCUCGCCGAGGCCCGCCCGCAAGCUGCCGCAGCCUCCGAUCACCAAGCGGAGAGGAAACCCGGCGAAGGUCUACCUGCGGCGGCGCUCGUCUCUCACGAGCUACGACGAGAAGCUCUACCUGGCCUGUCGCGACCCAAACGCCUUCCCCACCAGCGACUCGCUCGAGUCGGCGACCGAGGACGAGGACGACGACGACGAUCGAUCGUUGCCGUCGCUGUCGCCGUCGUUCGGCAAAAGCCAAUCACAUCACUCGCACCUGUCCGACUCGUCGUGCCAAUCGAGGAUGACCGUGGCGACGAUUGCCACUGGCAAAGCCGAACUCGGACAGCUCAAACUGUCCAUGCAGUAUCUACCCGGAUCGAAACAGCUCAAGGUCGUGCUGCUUAAGGGCGAGAACCUGGGCGGCGCUGCUAAGACGCAUCAUCAGAUGAACAGCUUUGUUAAGCUGUACCUCGUGCCCGGCAAGAUGCAGAAGCGCUCGUCGAAGGUCGUCAAGAACACGAAGGGCCCGACGUUCAACGAAGACUUCCACUUCCUCGAUCUGGAGCUUGAGAGCAUGCCGCAGAUGCAACUCAAAUUAAAAGUGCUCAACAAAUCGCAUCACCUCAUCAAGCCCGAAGUGAUAGGCGAUGUGCACGUCAAGCUAGACCCGUUAGAGCUGACCAGCGAGUGUCGAAUGUGGAAGGCCCUCAAAUCCACGACAGCCACACAGACAACGGGCCCCAGGGCUUGA